GAAAGUAUUCGGUGGGCAUAACCUACAACUUUAGUAUUUUGAGGCUACAUUACAAAAGUUAAAACUUGAGAAAAUGAGUAAAACGUGGAAGAAAUAUCUGUUAUGGUUCGCCCAGGAACAUAUUGCUUUCAGAGUGGCGGAAAUACAAGCUUUAUUGUCCCUUUAUCAAAUUGAAAUCAAGUACCAGGAAGUUCCCAAAUACAAUGAUCCAUUCUGGAUUGUAGAAUUUGCAUCUGAAGAAGAAGCCAAACUUGUUGCUAGUCGAUCAGUAUCCCUCAGAAACUGCUUGGAGUUAUGGGCUCAUGAAAAAUCAUUAGAGAAACUACAUGAAACUUUAAAAAAUAAGGAGAAAACAUUUUAUUCUGAUUUUAGUAAUAACAAAUCUUUCAAAGUAGAAGUGGAGACUUUCUGCAGACAUUUUACACAAAAGGAAAAAAUUGAAAAAAUCGAGACUUUUAGUUAUCUGCCACUGAAAGGGCCAGUGAAUUUAAAAAAUCCAGAAUUACAUCUUCAAUACAUUGAGUAUUAUGGUACAAGGGCCAAUGAUCCUCCACUGAAACCUUACCAUGUAUUUUUUGGCAGAUUGGUUGCCAAUGGUUUAAGACAAUUAAUUAAGCAGUUGUCGCUAAAGACCAGGAAAUUCAUAGGAAAUACAAGCAUGGAUCCCCAGUUGUCUCUGCUUAUGGCAAAUCAAGCAAGAGUUAAAAAUGGGGAUUUGGUAUUAGAUCCAUUUGUAGGAUCUGGUUCAUUAUUGGUAGCAGCAGCACAGUUUGGUGGUUAUGUAUUUGGGUCAGAUAUAGAUUAUCUAAUGCUACAUGGCAAGACUAAACCCACACGAAUAAAUCAAAAGGUGAGGGAAAAGGAUGAAAGUGUAAAGGCCAAUAUGAGACAGUAUAAUCUAGAACAUAGAUAUUUAGACAUUUUGGUAAAUGAUUUUUCUAUGGUGUUUUGGAAGGAUUCUAUGAAGUUUGAUUCAAUUAUAACAGAUCCACCCUAUGGAAUUAGAGAGGCCACAGAAAGAGUUGGAACUACCAGAGAAAAUUUCUUGAUAAACGAAAAAUAUUUACCAACUCACAUUCCAGCCAAAACUGAAUAUGGAAUCCCGACCAUUUACCGAGAUCUUUUAAACUUUAGCGCAAAACACUUGCAAAUUGGUGGUCGCUUGGUUUGCUGGUUUCCAGUUUUUAGGGAAGAUUACACAGAAGAUUGCUUACCGGCACACCCUUGCUUAAAAAUUGUAGCAAACUGCGAACAACCCUUAAGCAUGGUAACAUCCCGAAGACUUUUAACUUAUGAAAAACUUAAGCAGCCAGUAUUAGAAGAUUUAACAAUCAUGGAUAACAGAAUAACAGAUUUCAGGGAAAAAUACUUUGUAGUCAGGGAAGUCACUAGGAAAGAAAGGAGGUUAAAGGAAGCCCAAACAAGGCGAGAUAAAUGGGAGAUAUACAAAAACCUACACAAAGUCAAUUAAUUUUUGUAAAAUAAUUUUAUAUAAAGUUAA